AUGGGCCACAAGGAAGUAGCGGCAGCUGCGCAGAAGGCAGCUGGGGCAACGCCGGAAGCAGCGGCCGCUGCAAUACAAGAAGCAACUAAGAAGGCACCUAAAGCACUUGGGAAGCGGCCUGCUUCAAGUGCUAAGGGAGAAUGUGGAGCACCAGCGACCACUUCGUUCCGGAAGAGACCAAGGAAGCAGGGACGGCUACGGCAGGAAAAGCAGCAACCGGAGCAGCAGCCGCCACGGGCGGAUGGAGUGCAUCGUCAGGAGGAUGAGCACGGAAAUAAAAAGCGACGUAGACAGCAGCAGCAGCAACACCAGGUCCACCAAGACAGGAACCAAACUACUGAUAUGGGCAAGGGGGAAGGCGCAGCAAGUGACUCCUUGGGCCAAAGUGAAAAGACAGAAACAGCAGCAGGUGCUCCACCUGAGGACUCACCGUCGGCGGAGAAUGAUGCAGCAGCCGACGCAGCUGACAGCGCAGCAGCAAUAGACGCCGCUGCCGCAGCAGAUCCGUACCUGUUGGAGGAUGCGGAAUACCUUCGAAGAGAAACACGGUGGCUGAAUCGUCAGCGCGUUUUGGUGCUGGGCAGCCGUGGCAUUUCUGCGAGGUCUCGGCACCUCAUAGAAGAUUUGAAGAAGCUCCUUCCGCAUCACAAGUCAGAGACGAAAUGGGAGAAGAAGGAGAAGCUUCAAAGCAUUGCCGAGCUCUGCCAGCUGCGGUCGUGCAACAGUGUGCUGUAUUUGGAACAGCGGAAAAACGACGCGCUGCUGCAUGUCGCUAAAGUACCUCUCGGUCCCACCUUCAUUGCCAGGUUAAUGAACGUGGAAACACUGAGCGAACUCCGCCUGUCGGGAAACUGUCUGCUGCACUCUCGGCCUCUGCUAAUAUUCGGAUCAGAAUUCGAUAGAGAUCCUCAUUACCGAGUCCUCAAGGAGCUCUUUGUGCAGGUGUUUGGAACCCCCAGGAACCAUCCUAAAUCCAAGCCUUUCUUCGACCAUGCGAUGUCUUUCUUUGUCUCGGAUAACCGCAUAUGGUUCAGGCAUUACCAGAUUGCUCCAUUGGUAGUGGGGGAGGGCGGAGAUGCGAACAAUCCACACAGGCAGACUUUUAUUGAAAUUGGACCUCGUUUCGUGCUGGACCCAGUAAAGAUCUUGGACGGGAGCUUCUGUGGCAAGAGCCUUUGGCGAAAUACCGAGUUUGUCAGAACAUUGGACCUAUUGAGGCCUCGACGCCUUCAGGCUGCUAUUGCUUUUGCGAGGCGGCAGGGACAGAAGGAGAAGAGAAAGUUGUACGAAGAAGCCGUGUUGAAGGACGCACCAAAGAGCAAAAUAGCAAAUGAAGAUAUAUUCGGCACCGGUAUUGUGCCGAGCAAGCAAAACCGGAAAUCACGAGCCUCCGAAGCACAAGACCCAACGUCAUGA